AUGCCUUCCUUCAAGAACACCGUCGCCCUUGUUGGCGCUUUCGCCGCUAGCGCUCUUGCCCACGGUACUGUCACCGGCUACACCAUCGACGGUGCCUACGUCGAGGGUUACAAGCUCGACUACUACUACCUCAAGAAGAACGGCGGUACCCCUCCCUCCAUCGCCGCCUGGUCUGCUGAGAACCUCGACAACGGCUUCGUUGCCCCUGCCGACUACGGCAAGGUCGACAUCAACUGCCACAAGAACGGUGCUCCCGGUGCCUCCUCCGUCAAGGUCGCCGCCGGCAGCAAGGUCGACUUCCACUGGUCCGCCUGGCCCGAGUCUCACAUUGGCCCCGUCCUGACCUACGCCGCCAAGUGCACUGGCGAGUGCUCCGCCGCCGACCCUGCCUCCCUCAAGUGGGUCAAGAUCGAUGAGGCCGGCAUCAACCUGUCCACCCAGGAGUGGGCUGCCACCACCCUGAUCAAGAACAACAACACCUGGUCCGCCACCAUCCCCUCCUCCCUGGCCGCCGGCAACUACGUCCUCCGCCACGAGAUCAUCGCCAUGCACGGCGCCGGCUCCGAGAACGGUGCCCAGAACUACCCCCAGUGCAUCAACGUCGAGAUCACUGGCUCCGGUUCCGCCAACCCCGAGGGUACCCUCGGCACCGCCCUGUACAAGUCCACUGACGCCGGCAUCCUCUUCAACCCCUACACCACCCUCGAGUCCUACGAGAUCCCCGGCCCUGCUCUGUUCGGCGGCUCUGGCUCUGGCUCUGGCUCUGGUUCCGGCUCUGGCUCUGGUGCUACCCCCACCACCCCCAUCAACGGCACCACCCCCGCCGUCCCUACCGCCUCUGCUUCCGCGACCGCUGUCGCCGACUCUGGCGAUGACGACGGCUGCGCUUCCAAGAAGCUCCGCCGCCACGCCCGUGACCUCUUCAAGCACUAA